AUGACUACUCAACCUCCCAAGAACGAGAUGGUGUACAUGCCAGGGGUGAUGUCACCGAGUCGAUCGUUUGGAGUAUUUCGUAAGGUCCUUCAUACUGGCCUGUACUCGCAAUUUGUGGCGAUGGAAGUCCCGGUCAAUGGCGAAAUUGGUGACGAGAUUCAUACCGUCGAUCAAGUGCUGAUAUUCACCCAUGGCACUGGCAAGGCAAUUGUUGCUGGGAAGGAACAAGAGGUCAAACAGAACGAUGUCGUCAUAGUCCCAGCUGGCACUCAACACCAGUUUUUGAAUAUCGGAAACACGCCACUCGAAGUAGUCACCAUAUACUCCCCGGCUGAACAUGACCCGCGUACAGUACAUCAAACCAAGGCAGAGGGCGAUGCACAGGAAGAGGCUGGCGAGGAUGAAGCACCAGAGUGGAGUCAACGGAGCAAGUCGGAGAACGAGAAGAUUGGGCUGGUGAAGGCUCCGUAA